AAGAAGAGAACUAUCUGAUAAAUAAACGAAUUUUCAUUAAUACCAUUUCAAAUUUCCUUCCCCAAUCUUCCCCCAAAUUCAAAAUGCCGUCUUCUCGAUCCGGCGCCGGCGGAAAAAUCGUCACUAACCGCCGCAAGCAGCGCCUCGCGGCCACGCCGUACGACCGUCCACCUCCGCUCGCUGCUCCGCAUCCUCCGCCAAAAAACCCUAAUUGGUUUACCGGAAAGAUUGUUCACUCCGCCCGCGCUAUCUUUUCUGGCGCCGGGAGAAUAAUAUCUUCCAUCCUGUCGGAUUCGGAAUCGUCGUCUUCUGAAGACGAGGACUCGGCUUCAGAGGAUGCUGUUGACAACGAUAAUCAGUACGGAGAUGUAAUUGGAAGAUCGGACAAGGAACCUCAAUUAACUGUGCGGCAUGCUGAAACGAAAAGGUUGAUCAAACAACUUAUAAUGCAGGAGAUUUUUUCAAGGGAAGAAUGCGACGAGUUGAUACGAGCCCUUAAUUCACGAGUUUUGGGCUGCUCUACCGACGGAAAAGAGCAAAGUUCACUUGGGGCUCCGAUUGGCAAUGAAGAUGCGGAUAUAUUUAAUAAAGCUGUUGAGGAAGCUAAAAAAUGGUUUCAAGAAAAGAAAGUGGGUUCAAGUUCAGCAACCCAGUUUACAAAUGAAACUUCCAGACUUAGAUCGGAUGUGCUUGAAUGGGUGGACAGUGGAGGAGGUUCUCCCGUGGAUGUGGCAAGGUCAUAUAUGAAGGAGAGGCCACCAUGGGCGUCUCCCACAAGAAAUUUUGAAUUGAGUACUCCUCUAACAUCAACAAUGAAGCUUUUUAAUGAAAGAAUGUUGUAUUCCACUGGACCUGAUUCUUUGUCUUCAUCAAAGAAAAGGAAUUCCCUUGCCUCUGGAUCAUGGAAUAUCCAGGAAGAACUACGAAGAGUGCGGUCGAAGGCAACUGAUGAUUUGUUGCGUACCCCAUCCUCAAAAAUUGAUCCAUCAUUGUUUGCAGUUCCUCAGAGGAAGGAGGAACCAGUAGGAGCACUGGGAGAGCAAAUGAAGGAGCCAGAGUCGUUAUGGAAAACUGUAGCAAUAGAUGAAUUGGUUGAUGCUGGAGUGAGCUAUGAUCCUGACCUCACAGCUUUGGGUUCAAGACAGGAUGAUAAGGGUAGUGAAGCACUAUCAUCCAGGCCAGCUAUUUCUCUUGAUGGAAAUAAUGAGGAUCCAGAAGCUGUUAAGGGCCUUAGGGUAGAUGGUGAAUGUGCUGCGUCUAAACCCUCCCAACCUUUGAACCCCCAGCAUACUGAGGAACACCAAACUGAUUCCGGUUUGAAUAAAACUAAUGGACCUCCAACAGCAGAGACGACUGAAACUGGUGUGAAACAGACUGUAAAUGGUCUCUCAUCAUCACAUGCCAGUGUGCCUGGAGCAGCAGCUACCGCUGACCCACAUACAGGGCAAAAUUAUGAGCACCACAAUGUGGCAAACCACAAUGCAGACACCAUAAAUGAGAAGAAAUCUGUCAACUCAAACCAACUGGAAGAUAACUGCGAGCUUUUGAGUGAAGCAUACAUGGAUGUCCCCAUUGUAACCGACCAAUUCCCUAGCGAUUCCCAGCAUAGCUUUGGUGUUACCCAGCAUGAUGAAACACCUUCAGAUCUGCCUCAGCCAUCUCCAGAAGAAAAAGCCAAUAUUGGACCUGGGAAGCAACAAGGAAGAAAAUUAGGUAAGUACAAUCAGCGGAAGCCGAGGAAGAGAUAAAUUAGUGAUGAGAUACAAAAUUGGCAGGGUAGGUGCAUUUCUGCGGCUUCUGCAGCAGCAUAUAUUAUUGUGUUGUACACUAUUUAGGAAGAGCCUCAAGGUUGCCUGGUUUAGGAGGAUGAUUGUACUUUAGGACAUCACAUUAGUGAGUAUCUUGCGCUACAGAUGACUCCCAUCCCACGUAUACUUCGUUUUGUUGAUCUGACUGUCUUUGUUUAAUCAGAAAUUGUGUGGAUUUGGAUUUGAA